AUGAAGUCCUCAACCCAGCUCCUCGCCGCGCUUGGCCUCGCCAGCCUCGCCGCAGCCGACUUCCACGUCCUGACGGGCCCCUGCUCCAUCGCCCCCGGCUUUGGCGGCAGCCUCGAGAGCUACGCCGUCGCCUGCCCGUCCAACUACUACAACUGCAAGUGCAUGAUGGACGGCGACCGCACCGGCCACGUCAUCAACGGCGAGCCGCCCGUCUACGGCAUCUCGAAAACCGGCUCCAACUACUUUGAGCUCGACGGCAUGUGCGGCGUCGGCAACAUGAACUUUUACCUCCAGGACGACGGCACCUGGCUGUUUUACAUUGCCGGCGGAGACGGCAGCGUGCAGGGCACGUGUUACCCUGGCGACAAUAGCAUCAAGGACUGCAACGAGUUCAGUGCCGCGUGCAGCUUGAGCAACAUCUUGGUGUGCUACUCGUACAUUUGCGAGCCUUGA